AUUUAUAAUGUUUUGAUAACAACUCGACAAUAAUAAACUGACAAAGUGUCAAAAUAUUGUUUAGAACUGUAAACAGUAAGUUGUAUUGAAUGACAGAUUUAGGCCUAUGGUUGUACAACAUACGGAAUAAUUUAAUGUAUAACAGUUUGAGUAGUUUAACACAGUAUUAUUAAUUGUUCGGCAUUUUUCAAUUAUUCGUUAAAACAACAUUUCAAUUACAAUGACAUAUUUAUAUGGUUUGUUUAUUGAAUAAGAUUUGUGAACAACGAUCAAAUUUAAAUGGCGACCAUAGUUGAACAAACUCCAAAUACAGCUGAAAAAGCGAUUUCUCUGUUGGAUUGUAAUCAACUAGAUGAAACUGUUCAAAUUAAAAAAAUUGACUAUUCUAGUGUCCGAGGAAAGUUAAGUUUGGUGAGUCCAUCAGAAGAGCAAUUUGAAACAUUACAGCAUAGAUUUAAAGAAUUAAUAGAAGAAGGACACGGAGAAACUAUAUAUGAUGUAGGUAUUGGAGAUGAUGGAUAUGGUUUGACCAAUGAUGAAUUUGAAGCUUCGGUAGCUACAUUACAUUCAUUAGCAGCAACUCAGGAUGCAGAUUGUGUUCUUCUUAGAGAAAAAACAGAAGGAGGACAUUUUACAGCCCAGUAUCUUGUAAGAAAAAGAUUAGAAUCUCAAGAUUUCCUAGAAAUAAGGGUAGCAGUUGUAGGGAAUGUAGAUGCUGGAAAAUCAACAUUGUUAGGUGUUUUGACCCAUGGUGAAUUAGAUAAUGGUCGAGGACAUGCAAGAUUAAAAUUGUUUAGACACAAGCAUGAAAUGGAAUCUGGACGUACCAGCUCUGUAGGCAAUGAUAUUCUUGGUUUUGAUAGUACAGGAGAAGUUGUUAAUAGACCAGAACAUGGAUCAUUAGAUUGGGUAAAAAUAUGUGAGAAAUCAACCAAAGUAAUUACCUUUAUUGAUUUAGCAGGACAUGAACGUUACUUGAAAACUACUGUCUUUGGUAUGACUGGACAUAUGCCUGAUUUCGGCAUGUUAAUGAUUGGAGCAAAUGCUGGGAUAAUUGGAAUGACCAAAGAACAUUUAGGUCUUGCACUAGCAUUGAGUGUUCCUGUAUUUGUUGUUGUUACAAAAAUUGAUAUGUGUCCUCCUAAUAUACUUCAAGAUACCUUACGAUUAUUGGUUCGUAUACUUAAGUCACCAGGAUGUAGAAAAGUGCCAGUUAUGGUAAAAACAAAAGAUGAUGUCAUUGUGAGUGCUACAAAUUUUGUAUCUCAAAGACUUUGUCCAAUAUUUCAAGUUUCUAAUGUAAAUGGUGAAAAUUUAGAUUUAUUAAAAAUGUUUUUAAAUCUUUUGACAACCCGAGUGAUGUCUACAGAUAAUGAUCCUGCAGAAUUUCAAAUAGAUGACACAUAUUCUGUACCGGGUGUUGGAACUGUAGUUUCUGGUACAACUUUAUGUGGAACAAUUCGAUUAAAUGAUACACUAAUGCUUGGCCCGGACCCUGUUGGCCAAUUUAUUGCUAUUACUGUUAAGAGCAUCCAUCGUAAAAGAAUGGUCGUGCGGGAAGUAAAGGCUGGACAAACGGCUUCUUUUGCUUUAAAAAAAAUUAAAAGAUCCCAAAUUCGAAAAGGAAUGGUUAUGGUGUCUCCAUCUCUUAACCCAUCUGCUACUUGGGAGUUUGAUGGAGAAAUACUUGUGUUACAUCAUCCAACAACAAUUAGCUCACGUUAUCAAGCAAUGGUUCAUUGUGGUAGUAUUCGACAAACAGCAUCUAUACUGAGUAUGUCUGAAGAAUGUCUGAGAACAGGAGAUAAGGCGAAAGUAAGAUUUAGAUUCAUUAAAUAUCCUGAGUAUUUACGACCAGGACAAAGAUUAGUAUUCAGAGAAGGUAGGACAAAAGCUGUUGGCAAUGUGUUGGCUGUUCCCCCUCCAACUGGACAAGUGGGCUUCAGACAAUCACAAAAACCUCAAAAAUUAAACCCUCAAGCACAAGGACAGAAUGUUGGAGAAAAUGAAAACCAGCUAGCCCAUAAGUCAAGAAGAAGAGGAGGACAAAAACCUUUGGCAGAACAAAAUACUAGAACAAUAGCUAAAUCCUAAUGAUGGGAAUUGUAUAUUGUAUUAAGUAUACAAAAUGUUUGUUGUUAUUCGAAUUUUA